CUGUUUUUUUAGAAAAUAAAAGUACAAUAAACAUGGAUAUCAGCUCCUUUUCUAGUGAUGAUUUUGAUACGAAAGCCUGGAUAAAUGACAUUCUGAAAAAUACGGAAAACCGAAAAGAAAAUUAUACAAUGUCUUUGGUUAUGAAGUUACAACUUUAUGUGCAGCAAGUAAAUAAUGCAUUGGAAGAAACGAGUCAACAGGUAUUAGCGUCUCUGCCAAAGAUUAUGCGAGAUACGAAAAAUUUACAACAAGAAGCAUUAGUUUUGAAGGAAAAAAUGGCUGCAGUGAGAGAAGAAAUAGAAAAAAUUGAACAUGAUACUGGAGAAUCCAUCAAUACAAUAGAAAAGUUAGAUUUUUUGAAAAACAUGUUGAAUAUUGCCAAACAGGGUCUCCAUGAAAGUGAUAACUGGACUGUAUUAGUAAACGAUUUAGAGGAAGUCUUUGAUUCGAAAAAUGUAGAAAAUAUUUCCAGCAAAAUAUUAGGUAUGCAAAAUUCGUUAAAACUCCUGGUUAGUGUAGCCGAUUAUGAGGAUAGAAAACUUCAGCUAGAAGGUUUAAAAAAUAGAUUAGAAGCUAUAGCAAGCCCUGCUAUCGUUCAAGCCUUCAAUUCAAAUAAUAUAGAACAGGCACAGAUGUAUGUGAGAAUAUUUACCUCCAUCAGUCGUUUACCACAGUUAAUGAAGUAUUAUCAUAAAUGCCAAAAAGACAUUUUGUUGCAAAAAUGGAGAAAUCAAUUGGAAAUUGAACAAGAUGAGUCGGUUGUUCAAUGGAUACAUAACUAUUACAGUGUACUUUUAUCGAACUGGCACACUCAGCAUCGUUGGUUUAAUCAAGUUUUCUCAAACGAGUCCGCAGUAAAUGCCUUGAUUGACAUAUACAUUGACGUUUUAUCAUCCUUAGACCCAAGCUUAAAUGAAUGUAUUGAUGCUGCUCUGAAACAAGUCUCGGAAAAGUUGUCGUUUUUGUAUGACGUGAAACAGACCACUAAACAGUUUGCAGACAAUCUGAUGAAUGUUGUAAACCAUACUUCACAAGGAAAACCAGAUACGGACAUGACAAACAAAUUGUUAAAAGCAAUAUACAACCAUUUGAUCAGUUACGUAAACAAAUAUGCGGCAUAUGAACAGGCGAACCUAAUGAAACAGCUGUCCACAUUAAAUUGUAUGAAGGAGGAGUUGCCAGAUACCAUUCAGGCAUUAGGUUUAAGUAUUACGUCGGUGAUUGACAUCGCCAAUGCAGCAAAAAAGAGGUGUCAACAAAUCACAGAGAACUGCGGUUACUGUGGCUUACUUAUUGCACUAAGAGCUUUUCUACUAGGUUACGCAGAUUUUUAUAGAGUAGCGUUGAGGCAAAUUGAUAGAAGUAAAAAGUCUGAGGAAGACUGGAAUACUUUUCAAUUAUGUCUGUCACUUUUACAGAACACAGGGGAUGUUUUGUUAAAACUCCAGCAAUUAGAAAAGGAUUUAACUAAUUCCGUUCUGGAUCUGACAUCAAAGGAGGCAUUUGUGGAUUAUAAAUAUUUACUAUUAAAUCCAACAGAUUUAAAAGAGUUAGAUUCUCUAAUAAAAUGCGUGACAGAAGGUACCCAGCUAUCUCUACUUGACCACGUAACUACUGAAUUUAAUAAGCUUUGUUCCGAUAUUCACCAUACCACUUACCAAGUUGUUUUUACACCUAUUUCGCUACAUUUGGAUGUUGUUCAGUCUUCUCAAACAUGGGCCCAAUUUGCUAAUUCCAGUUUACACAAUUCUGAUUUGCCAGAUUAUAGUUUCUCCCCUCAAGAGUACAUUACACAGAUCGGUCAGUACCUUAUGACCUUACCUCAACAUCUGGAACCAUUCUUAUUUAGGGAAAACCCAUCUCUGUCUUGUGCCCUUAAAGCAGUGGAUCAAGAGUAUAGUAGUGUGGCUGAUGGAGAAGGGGGUUUGGCUAGUGUGUUUCUAAAGAUUGUUGCGAGAGGUACAUGUCAAGGUUUCUGCGAUAGAAUAUUAUCAAUUUGUGAGCUGAGCCAACCUGCUAGUAGGCAACUUGCACAUGACAUCAGUUACCUAAACAACAUUCUGGAGGAACUGGGCAUAUCUUUGACCGACAACUUACAACAGUUGUCACUCUUGCUCAAGAUACCUACGGAUCAGUACCAGGCCCAAAGCAGCGGAUGUUCCGCUAGGUACGUCGCAGCCGUUAGGCAAAUGAGGAAUAUUAAAUCCUCGAACUGAAUUUAUAUGUAAAUAAAUUAUGAUAAAAAAUA